AUGAGGAAUAGUAUCCAAUUUCACUUUCACUGGGGCUCAUCUGAUGGGCAUGGCUCCGAGCACACUGUGAACAAAACAAAAUAUGCUGCAGAGCUUCACUUGGUUCACUGGAACACCAAAUACAGUGAUUUCGGGAAAGCUGCACAGCAACCACAUGGACUGGCUGUUCUGGGUCUUUUUCAGAAGAUUGGACCUGCUACAAAAGGCCUUCAGAAAGUUCUUGAUGCACUAGGGUCCAUUAAAACAAAGGGGAAGAGUGCCACCUUCACUAACUUCAGUCCUCGCUCCCUUCUUCCUGGGAACUUGGACCACUGGACAUACCCCAGCUCUCUGACCACUCCGCCUCUGCUGGAGUGUGUGACCUGGAUCGUGCUCAAGGAACCCAUUACCGGCAGCAGUGAGCAGAUGUCUCUGUUCCGUAAACUAAACUUCAACUCGGAGGGGGAACCUGAAGAGCUGAUGGUGGACAACUGGCGUCCAGCUCAGCCCCUGAAGAACAGAAAGAUCAAAGCAUCCUUCAAAUAAAAUGGUCCUGGAGUGGGUGUCCAAACUGUACA